AUGGGAAAUGCUUCAGACACAUCUGCUGUGUUUGCCUCCACCAUCUCCAAGGAGUAUGACAUCUUCAUGGGUUCUAUCUACAGCGUAUUUUGUAUACUGUCCCUCAUGGGAAACUGCAUUCUGCUACUUGUUGCAUAUCACAAGCGGUCGACCUUGAAGCCGGCAGAGUUCUUCAUAAUCAAUCUCUCUAUCAGUGACCUUGGGAUGACGCUCUCUUUAUUCCCAUUGGCAAUACCAUCAUCUUUUUCACACAGGUGGCUGUUUGGAGAAAUCACCUGUCAGCUCUAUGCUAUGUGUGGAGUUCUCUUUGGUCUGUGCAGCUUAACCAACCUCACAGCACUCUCCUUAGUCUGCUGCCUUAAAGUCUGCUUCCCUAACCACGGUAACAAGUUCUACUCUUCACAUGCCCGCCUCCUGGUGGUUGGAGUGUGGUGCUACGCAUCUGUGUUUGCUGUGGGGCCCCUGGCACAGUGGGGACAUUACAGUGCCGAACCUUACGGCACAGCCUGCUGCAUUGACUGGCAUGCACCCAACCACGAGCUUUCAGCCUUGUCUUACAUUGUCUGCCUUUUUAUAUUUUGCUAUGCACUGCCCUGCACCGUCAUCUUCCUCUCCUACACUUUCAUUCUGCUGACGGUGCGGGGAUCGCGUCAGGCCGUCCAGCAGCAUGUGUCACCGCAGACCAAGACCACCAAUGCACACGCUCUCAUUGUCAAGCUGUCAGUAGCAGUAUGUAUAGGCUUCCUGGGCGCCUGGACCCCAUAUGCUGCUGUGGCCAUGUGGGCUGCGUUCGGAGAUGCCACACAAGUUCCUGCUGUAGCCUUCGCCCUGGCCGCCAUAUUUGCCAAAUCUUCCACCAUCUACAACCCUGUGGUCUACCUGCUGUGCAAACCCAACUUUCGCGAGUGCCUCUACAGAGACACGUCUAUGCUACGACAGAGGAUCUACAGGGGAAGUCCGCAGUCAAAUCUGAAAGAACAUCUCGAAUCCAACUCACAGCACAAUAAGGACACGUACAUCUCCACGAGGUUCUCAAACGGACAGCAGGAGAGCUACGGGGCGUGUCUGCACUGCACAGAGAAUGCAGAACUGUGCCAUGUGACACCAGCCCAAAGAACCGCCAGCAUCCUGACUGGAUCUACCUGCAGAGAGGUGACAGUUAGCCAGCUCUCAGCCAAACCACAGGCGGACUUCAUAUAGAAUGACGAAAACAAGACAGGAAAGGUGCUCAAACAGACAGCAAAACAACAACAGCCUGCACAACUUCAAAUAUGUGUGUGUCACCAAGACUUUAUAGCAUGACAGCACUUACAAGGACCUUUAAUCUCGCUCGUAAGUGGCCCCUUUGUUGUGUAGUGCCCAAGAUUCCCAAAAAUUCAUACUGUGCUUAAAUCUUCAGAGAAGUUUUGCCACAGAAAAUGUAUAAUAUACAGACGCCUUCCUCUGUGUUGCCUCA